AUGGCGCAGCAACAUGGUAUCAUUGCGUUUGAGAUGGAAGGCGCCGGCGUCUGGGAUGAGAUUCCUUGCAUAAUCGUCAAGUCAGUCUGCGACUAUGCCGACAGCCACAAGAACAAGAAAUGGCAGGGCUUUGCAGCUAUGGCAGCUGCUUCCGCGACUAAGGCGGUUCUGAAUAUCACCAACAGCAUCGAUAGUACCGACAAUACCAACAUUGCCGACAGCACCGACAGCACCAACAGCGCCAACAGCGCCAAUAGCGACGACAGCUGUCUCUCACACCACAGAGACACCAUCUCCAGCAUGUGA